AUGACAGGAAAUGAGGAACUAAAUGAACUCGUGUAUAAAUGGUUUAUGGACGCUUGUGCUCGUCUUGUUACUGUAUCGGGGCCAUUGAUUCAGACCAAAGCCAAAAAGUAUGCUGAGGAGUUAGGUCUUACUGAAUUUAAGGCUAGCAAUGGGUGGCUGGAGUCAUUCCUUACUAGACACAACAUUGUUUUUAAGAAACAAGGUGGUGAGCGUGGCGAAGUCAAUCCGACCACAGUAGCAAAGUGGUUAGACCAGAUUCCAUCACUUUGCGAGGGGUAUUCUCCUGAGGACAUCUUUAACAUGGAUGAGACUGGACUAUUCUACCGAGAAUCAUCGAGAUCCACAUUCUACACGAAGGGAGAGGACUGCGCCGGUGGGAAACGAGCAAAGGAGAGGAUAACAGUUGCCCUCUGUGCCUCAAUGACUGGAGAAAAGCUGAAGCCAGUCGUUAUUGGCAAGGCACGUAAGCCCCGAUGCUUUGGGUCGAUCUCUGUGGACAAACUGCCAGUCAAAUACUACAGCAACAAGACCGCAUGGAUGCACAGCUGGUGCUUCGAAGACUGGGUAAAAUCGCUUGACCAGAAAAUGAGGGCCGCGAACAGGCACAUCCUCCUCUUUGUGGACAACGCACCCGUUCACCCGAACAUCACUCUGAGAAACGUGAAGCUUCUGUUUUUUCCAAAGAACUGCACAUCGGUUUUUCAGCCGAUGGACGCUGGCAUUAUUCAAACAUUGAAAUUAAAGUACAGAAAGAGACAGCUUGCUCAUGUGCUGAGUGAGAUGGACAGAAACAGCAGCCAGACCGGUCCAGAAAUCCUAAAGGUUUAA